AUGUUGGACCUGCCACAAGGAGGUGAAGAAGCCCUUCGACAACAGCACUGCUGCAACAGCAGCAACAGCAGCAGCAGCAGCAGCGGCAUCGACAUCCGCAGCUGCAGCAGCAAGCAAAAAAGGAGGAGGUACGCCACCAGUAACGCCAUUGGAACGGGGGGGCAGCAGCAGCAGCAGCAGCAGCAGCAGCAGCAGCAGCGGCAGCAUCUGCAGGACAAUC